UGUCACGUGUUAAUGUUAGUGAACGCAAGAAAAAAAGGGCUUUAACUUUGAAAGGACUAUCCCUGUAAAAUGACUGGUCACCUGCGUGAUCAUGUGACUUCUUCAUGUAAACAUGGCGGCCAGGCUGAAGAAGAGUUGGGCUUUUCAAGGUGUUAAACAGCCUUUAAAUGUUUUACUACUUGUAUCCGGGCUGUGUUUCGUUUGUACGCCUGUCCGAGCUGAAAUACGAACCGCUAUCAUCGACAAACAAACCGGAGAGCUGUCUGUCAUUGAGGGAUACCGAGGAGAUUUUGUAGCCUGGGGGAACUUCACUGAUAACAUUAAACAAUCAGGCUGGUCAUUCUUGGAGGUAACUACCAGCAGCCAGUACAAUGACAGUCUGCAGGCUUAUGCUGCUGGUGCAGUGGAAGCUGCGCUCACAUCUCAGCUCAUCUAUAAGCACUGGAUGAACACUCUGAUGGGUUACUGCGGACCCUUCACGACUCAAACAGGUUACUGUGAGCGCCUCAAGUCUUUCAUUAUGACCAACAUGCAAUGGAUUCAGGAGCAAAUAGAGAAGCAGCCAAGUUCACCUUACUGGUACCAGGUGCGCCUGGUGCUCCUGCAGCUGAAAGGCCUGGAGGACAGCUACAAUGAUCAGCUGUCAUUUCCAACAGGAUCUCUCUCCUUCAACCCAUUUGGCUUUCUACUUUUCCAAUUGGGUGGAGAUCUGGAGGACCUAGAAUCAGCUCUGAACAAAUCCAGUCAGACUCGACCCCUGGGCUCUGGCUCGUGUUCUGCUCUUAUUAAGCUGCUGCCAAACAACAAGGAACUGCUGGUAUCACAUGACACCUGGAACGUGUACCAGGCCAUGCUUCGCAUCAUGAAGAAAUACAUCUUUCCCUUUAAGGUUUCUUCUUCAGACGAGGAUCUUCUCCCUGGAGGAAUUCAGGCCUUCUCAUCUUAUCCUGGAUCUAUCUUUUCUGGAGAUGACUUUUAUAUUCUUAGCAGUGGUUUGGUGACAUUGGAAACCACCAUUGGCAACAGUAACCCUGCACUCUGGAAGUUUGUUCAGCCCACAGGGACCGUCAUGGAGUGGCUGAGGAACAUUGUGGCCAAUCGGCUAGCUGCCACUGGCAAGGAGUGGGCCAAGAUAUUCAGCAAGUUCAACAGUGGAACGUACAACAACCAGUGGAUGAUUGUGGACUAUAACCACUUCACUCCAGGGAAAACUGACAUUAAAGAGGAUCUCUUUGUUGUGCUGGAGCAGAUUCCUGGAUUAAUUGUUUACACGGAUAAAACUCAAGAACUACUAGAGAAAGGCUACUGGUCAAGUUACAACAUACCGUACUAUGUGGACAUAUUUAAUGCCAGUGGCUGCAACGAGCUGGUUGAGAAGUUUGGUCCUUGGUUCUCUCUGGACCAGAAUCCUCGGGCUCAGAUAUUCAGGAGAAACCAGACAGCUGUCACAGAUGUAGACUCCAUGGUCCGCCUCAUGAGGUAUAAUAACUUUAAAGAAGACCCGUUGUCGAGGUGUGAUGGCUGUGAUCCACCUUGGAAUGGAGAAAACACGAUCUCAGCUCGUUCAGAUCUGAAUCCAGCAAAUGGGACGUAUCCGUUUGGUGCCUUAAAGCAGAGACCACAUGGAGGAACAGAUAUGAAGAUGACCUCUUAUGGGAUGUUUCGUGACUAUGGAAUGCUAGCAGCCAGCGGACCCACAUGGGACCAGGUGCCACCCUUCCAGUGGAGCACCUCCCCUUACAAAGACCUGAUGCACAUGGGUCACCCUGACACUUGGACAUUUAAGCCUAUAAAAGUCACCUGGACUUCUUAAUUUUCACCCUAAGGUAUAUAAGGGAGAUAAUACAAUGCCAGCUGUGCUGUUUGAAGUUAGAACAAAGGGAAAUUUUACUUAAAGUUUGUGAACUGAGUUUUAUAAUCAUUGUUUUAGUUCUUAAGAGAAUCGCAAUAAUACUCUGGAAGUAUUGCAGUAUUAAAGCAUUGCACUAUAAGAAAAUACAUAAAAUUCAAUGAAGCCUUUGAUGGAAUGUAAGCCGGAAGCACAUUUCUAUACUUUGCUGUUGUAAAGUGGAAGCUUCCACAUGAGAUAAUAUCUGCAUUUCAUGUUUUGUUUUAAAUAUUCUUAUUACAAUGCACAAUGUGUGGCAAUGUGACUUCCGCUAACAUUGUAGUGGCUUAGUGAGUUAUGGAGAUGUGAAAUAUUCUCACCGGACUGAUCAUUUCUUUGAGAAAUCACCAACAGGGUUACUGAAUGGAUGAAACUGUCUUGAUCAUGAAUUAAAGGAUUUAUUUUAUCCUAAAAUAAAUUCAUUUUUGA